GGAGGGGCCGGGGCGGCCCCGGCGUGACGCAGCCUUGUUGCCAGGCGCCGCCUUAUAAACCUCCCUCUCGGCGGCCGCCGAGCCGAGUCCGAGCCGCGCACGGGACCGGGACGCAGCGGAGCCCGCGGGCCCCGCGUUCAUGCACCGCCUGCUGGCCUGGGACGCAGCAUGCCUCCCGCCGCCGCCCGCCGCCUUUAGACCCAUGGAAGUGGCCAACUUCUACUACGAGCCCGACUGCCUGGCCUACGGGGCCAAGGCGGCCCGCGCCGCGCCGCGCGCCCCCGCCGCCGAGCCGGCCAUCGGCGAGCACGAGCGCGCCAUCGACUUCAGCCCCUACCUGGAGCCGCUCGCGCCCGCCGCGGACUUCGCCGCGCCCGCGCCCGCGCCCGCGCACCACGACUUCCUUUCCGACCUCUUCGCCGACGACUACGGCGCCAAGCCGGCCAAGAAGCCGGCCGACUACAGUUACGUGAGCCUCGGGCGCGCGGGCGCCAAGGCCGCGCCGCCCGCCUGCUUCCCGCCGCCGCCUCCCGCCGCGCUCAAGGCGGAGCCGGGCUUCGAACCCGCGGACUGUAAGCGCGCGGACGACGCGCCCGCCAUGGCGGCCGGGUUCCCGUUCGCCCUGCGCGCCUACCUGGGCUACCAGGCGACGCCGAGCGGCAGCAGCGGCAGCCUGUCCACGUCGUCGUCGUCCAGCCCGCCCGGCACACCGAGCCCCGCCGACGCCAAGGCCGCGCCCGCCGCCUGCUUCGCGGGACCGCCGGCCGCGCCCGCCAAGGCCAAGGCCAAGAAGGCGGUGGACAAGCUUAGCGACGAGUACAAGAUGCGGCGCGAGCGCAACAACAUCGCGGUGCGCAAGAGCCGCGACAAGGCCAAGAUGCGCAACCUGGAGACGCAGCACAAGGUGCUGGAGCUGACGGCCGAGAACGAGCGGCUGCAGAAGAAGGUGGAGCAGCUGUCGCGAGAGCUCAGCACCCUGCGGAACUUGUUCAAGCAGCUGCCCGAGCCGCUGCUGGCCUCGGCGAAUCACUGCUAGCGCGCCGGGGGGUGCCGUGGGGGGCGCCGCCGCGGCCACCGUGGGCUCCGUGCGCCCUGCCCCGCGCGCGCCUGCCCCGCGCGCACCGAGGGCCCCGUGCGUGCCUCGCGCGCACCUGCACCUGCACCGAGGGGACACCGUGGGCACCGCGCGCACGCACCUGCACCGCGCACCCGGUUUCAGGACUUGAUGCAAUCCGGAUCAAACGUGGCUGAGCGCGUGUGGACACGGGACUGACGCAACACACGUGUAACUGUCAGCCGGGCCCUGAGUAAUCACUUAAAGAUGUUCCUGCGGGGUUGUUGCUGUUGAUGUUUUUGGUUUUUUCGUUUUUGUUUUUUCUUUUUGGUCUUAUUAUUUUUUUGUAUUAUAAAAAAGUUCUAUUUCUAUGAGAAAAGAGGCGUAUGUAUAUUUUGAGAACCUUUUCCGUUUCGAGCAUUAAAGUGAAGACAUUUUAAUAAACUUUUUUGGAGAAUGUUUAAAA